UGUGUCAUCAUAGGAGGACUUGGUGUCUGUAUUGGUAGAUAUUAUCAUCAUGUGAUCUGUUCAGAGUCUGUGCGGCUUGUGGAUGGAGCUGGUCUCUGCUCUGGGAGAGUGGAGGUGAAGUCCAAUCAGUCCUGGGCCUCAGUGUGUGAAGCUGACUUUGACCGGCAGGAUGCAGAGGUAGUCUGUAGGGAUGUUGGCUGUGGGGCUCCUGCAGCUCUACAGGGGGGGCUCUAUGGAGAAGGUGAGGGUCAGACCUGGGAUAAAGAGUUCCAGUGUAAAGGUAAUGAGUCCCUUCUCCUGGACUGUGACACCUCAGACAGAGAGAACAACACCUGCCUACCUGGUAAUGCUGUUGGACUCACCUGCUCAGAGCCUGAUGAUGUGAGGCUGGUGGGAGGAGGCAGUCGCUGUGCUGGUGGAGUGGAGUGGUACGACCAGGGAGAGUGGAGGACUGUGGGAACUGAGUACGGGGACCAGGAGGGUGUAGCUGCAGUAGUGUGUAGACAGCUGGGUUGUGGCUCCACUGUUUCAGUACUACCUGGAAACACCACUGUAGGGUUUAGAGUUUUCUGUUCUGGGUCUGAGUCUUCACUGAGGGAGUGUUUUAGAAGUUAUGAUCUCCUUCCUGGACUCACAGUGAUCUGCUCAGAUCUCCUGGUCCAGCCUGAUAUCUUCCUGACUGACCCAAUGGGAGGGGUCUUCAGGGGCCACCAGGGGCCUGAGAUGUUCAGGGGCUACAACUUCACCAUCACCUGCUCCACUCAGCCACAGUACCCAGGAGGCUCCUUCCUCCUCACGUUCACCGGCUCCAACAGAACCCAGACCCAGCCAGCUGUCAAUCACUCUGCUGCCUUCCUCUUCCCUGCUGCAGAUGACUCCCACCAAGGGAACUACAUCUGUGUUUAUGACAAUUAUGUUUUCUCUCAUAAUUUCUCCUCUGAGAGUGAGCUCCUCUCCCUCACCAUCACAGCCUCUCCUCUGCCAGCCUUCAUCAUCAGACACGUUGUAGUGCUGCUUAUCCUACUGACAGCCAUCACCACCUCCUACCUGUACUACAAGCCCACCAGGAGGCAGAAGAGAGUGAACAGGGUGAGCAGCAUGGAUCUUUAUGUCAAUGCCAUGGAGAUGGUCUCUGAGCUCCAGAGCUGAAGCUGGACCGGGAGAGGAGAGAGCAGCCCAG